CACGAGUUCCACCAAAUAAGAGCACAGCAAAAGCUCACAAGUGACAAUGUUGGAAUAGUCUCAUCAUCAUCAACAUCAUCAACAAUGAACCAAUGUGGACAUCCUAUCUGGCGCUCUGCGCCCAGACUACAAAUGGCAGAUCCUAUCUCUACAAUGCCACUGGUGACGUCAACAGCUCCCCGAAGUACGAGCAGAUCUCGGCCAAUGCCGUUCGCCUCAAGCACCAGAAAGGUCUGCAGUCGAAGAGCGUUGCAGGCGUGGUAAGGAUGCUUGGGGUGGCAAAAGACGAGGACGGGAUGUUGGGGAGGGCCGUGGUGGGGAGAAUGAACGGGUUCUUUUUCGUCCAAGAACAAAGAUGGAGGAAAGGGGAGGAAGCUGAGGUUGGGAACGAGUGCUAUGCGGUUUUGGUUCCGAAUAUACGCAAGAAUGAUAUUGAAACAGAAGGUUUUGGCAGUCCCCACGGGAGCGUCAACGAAGAGGCAAAGCGGUUCGUUAUUGUCAGCGGCGGCUGCGACGUGGAGGAAGACAGAACGUUGGGAAGGGCGGAGCCGUGGCAGGUCUUGGAGAAGCUUCGCGAGGCUAACUUCAAGAUCAACGCGAAGAAGUGUGAGUGGGCCAAGACACAAGUCUUGUACUUGGGCCACGUAUUAGACGGAGAUUGCAUUAAGCCAGAGGACAGUAAGAUAGCGGCGAUUAGAGAUUGGCCGACGCCCCGCACAUUGACAGAGUUGCGGUCGUUCCUAGGCCUAGCUAACUACUACAGGAAGUUCGUGAGGAACUUCUCCACUAUCGUCGCUCCCUUGCGCAGGUUGCUGAAGAAAGAGGCAAUCUGGCAAUGGGACAAAGACUGUACGUCUGCGCUCAAGAAGUUAAAGCGCGCGCUAAUAGAGUAUCCUGUCCUCAAAGUUGCAGAUCCGUCUUUGCCAUUUGUCGUCACCACGGACGGGAGUCAACAUGGGAUAGGUGCCGUGUUGCAGCAAGACGACGACAAUGGCUAUAGACCCGUAGAGUUCAUGUCAGCGAGGAUGCCCUGUGAGAAGGUCGCUACCUCCACGUACGAGAGAGAACUCUACGCUCUCAGGCAGGCUUUAGACCAUUGGAAGCACUACCUGCUUGGGAGGCACUUCAAAGUGUAUUCGGACCAUGAAACGCUUAGAUGGUUAAAGACUCAGGCCAAGAUGACACCUAAGUUGACUAGGUGGGCCGCAGAAAAAGACCAAUUCGACUUUGAGCUCAAGCCAGUGAAGGGCAAGUACAACGUAGUUGUGGAUGCUCUGAGUAGGAGAUCAGACUACUGUGGAGUUGUAGUACACUAUAUGGAUAGAGGGAGAGACCUGCAAGAGAAAGUGAAGCAAAUGUAUGCACAGGACCCUAUCUAUAGCGACCUCCUAAAGAGAGUUAGAGAGGCCCCAGAGACUGAACCAGAUUACCGCACUACAGAUGGGUUGUUGUUUGAGAAGACUACUGUGUUUGACCGCCUGUGCGUUCCCAACAACGAAGAGAUCCGCAGUUUAAUCUUAGGGGAAUGCCACGAUACUGAGGGACAUUUCGGUUGGCAAAAGACAUUAGCCAAUCUAAUGCGCGCGUAUACCAGGCCAGGAAUGAAGAAUGACUGCAUAGAGUAUGUCCGCAGUUGUGAAGUAUGCCAGCGUAACAAGACUACUACACGCACACCCCUUGGUCUUCUCAGACCCUUGCCUAUUCCGGAUCAGCCGGGAGACUCAGUGUCCAUGGACUUCAUGGACACCCAAGUCAAGAGCAGAUAUGGUAAGAGCCAAGUCAUGGUCGUAGUUGACCGCUUUAGCAAGUAUGCAGUUUUUGUCCCUUUGCCUUCAGAGGCACGAACGGACUUAGUGAUACAGAAGUUCUUUGACUUUUGGGUUAGCGAGAAUGGAAUCCCAUUGUCAAUAGUUAGCGAUAGAGAUAGUCGCUUCACCAGCCAUAACUGGCAAGAACUCAUGAGAGUGUACGGAUCCAAGUUGUUAAUGUCAUCUGGCCGACACCCAGAGACUAAUGGUCAGACAGAACAGAUGAACAAGAUCCUACAGCAAGUUCUGCGCAUGUACAUUAGACCAGAUCAGAUUAACUGGGAUGAGAUGUUGCCUAAGGUGGCUAGUGCAUACAACAACAGUGUGCAUCUGUCCACCUGCCGCACUCCCAAUGAGCUGCACAAGUCCUCUCGACCACGUAGACCGUUCGAAGGACUGAACUGGGAUCAGAUUCACAGACUACCGCCCGGUACCAGGGAAUUUGCGGUACAACACGAAAAAGAAUUAGCAACUGUUGUUGAGAACCUCAGAAAGGCCCGACAUAGAAUGAUAGAGCAAGCUAAUAAGCACCGCCGACCGUCGCAGUUUCAGGUAGGCGACUUAGUCUGGGUCAAGGCAAAAGAGUUUGCGCCUGAAGAAAACAUCUCGCAGAAGUUACUGCCUGCAUAUAGAGGACCGUGGCCAGUUCUAGAAGUCAAGGGCGGAGAGGAUGGACCAUCAUACACUAUAGAGAUCCCAGUACACCUCCACACAUAUCCUGUGUUCCAUGCUUCAAAGUUGUGGCCAUGUGUUACAAGCCAACAGUUCCCUUCUAGAAGAUCCAUGAUCCCUCCGGAUGUGGACGAAAGCUAUGACAUAGAGGGCAUUGUAGAUGAGAUGUGUUUAGAACAGGAGGUAGAGGUCGUCCACAGAAACAAUACAAGGUCCUCUUUGCAUAUCAGGAACCGGAGGAUGACCGCUGGUUUACGAGAUCAGAACUUCUAGAGACAGCUCCCGAUAUAGUUAGAGCCUACGAGAGAG